AUGGCUCAAGCUCGAGUCGGCUGUGGCUGUGGCUGAGGCUCUGGCUCUUAGUCGUUUUGCGGCUUUCGAAGCUUCCACAUCGUUUUGGCGGCUAUUUCGUGUUCCGAAAACACUUAACGGUAUUCGAAAUUUUGAAGUGCAAUCGUGAUUUAUUAAGACCCAGAGCCCCCCACCGCCUGGUCAGCACUAAGUACAUUGCGUGGCUUGAAGCACGUUCCGUCGGCGGCGGCGGCGUCAAAGUGUCAUUAAAGUGAUCCAUCCCGUGUACUCAUCAUCCACAUACAUACAUAUGUGGAUGGCACCGGUACCCCUACCUCCCCUGUUUGGAUUCGAGUUCCGGUUCGUGCAUUGCCCAAUUUCAGAGCGCGCGACACGUUUAUUUAGUUCUGGGGGUUCUUUGACUCAUGCCUAAUUACCAGUGACGUCGUGCUGGCCCACAGAAGAAGCCUUCACGGAAAUGUGUCAGUACAAGAAAUUUGAAAGUUCUCUGUGAGCAGUCGACUGGCAAUCGAGUGAGGUGAGACAUUGGAAGUGCGCCCCAAAAUAAUUAACAUAAAAGUUGCAAGUGGCCCGAGGCAAAGGAUACUCUCCCUGUCUGCUAGAGGAAUACCUUUCUUAGAGGGUGUCGCUCGGCUGGUGUCAUUCGAAAGUCUGCCUGUCAUGUGGCAGUGGCAGUAGCCAAAAGGUGCUCACUAAAGCCACACAUCAUCAUCAUCAUCCACAACGACAUUCAGCAUGUACAACGAACAGCUGAGGCAAUCCACAGACUACAAGAAGGUGCGCUUAAAAAGGACACCGCAACAGCCUAGACACAUAAGCACCAGCAUGGUGAUCCUUAGCGUAGUUUUUACCGCCCUAAUUGGCAUCGCAGCCGCCAAUCGUCCGCCUCGUUUCGCUAUUGACGGACAGUCGGAGAUUGUGCUGCGACUGAAGGAGAGCCCCGAAACGAAAGUGGGAACUUUGAUCUACACGCUCAAGGGCUACGAUCCGGACAAUGAUCCGUUGACCUUUGGCAAGCGAAACUCCCACGACAGCGAGAUAAUACGCAUCGAGAACACCGGCGGCAAUGAGGCCAAGCUGUACCUGGCCAAGGAGCUGGAUCGCGAGCUGCAGGACGAGUAUGCCAUAGUCCUGACGCUGACAGACAGCCACUACAGCGACCACAGCUAUGUGACGCAGAGCCUGCUGCUGCUGGUCGAGGACAUCAACGACAAUGUGCCCACCUUCCUGCCGUACCAGAACGCCAUCGAGAUACCCGAGGGCAGUGGCCCGGCCGUGAUCAGCACCCUGGAGGCCACCGACGCCGAUGAGGGUGCCUACGGUCAGGUUGUCUACUAUCUGCAGGAGCUCGAUGGCGACAACGAUGUCUUCAGCAUCGCCACCCACCAGGGCAAGGGCGUGCUGCGUCUGCAGCGGGAGCUUGACUACGAAUCGAAGAGCCUCUAUCAGCUGCGCGUGCUGGCCAUUGAUCGGGCCAACCAGGGACCAGUGAACACGGGCACGGCUGCCAUUCUGAUCAAAGUCAAGGAUAUUGAGGACCAGCCACCGGAAUUUGUGGAGGUUCAGGCGGUGGCGCGCAUUGCCGAGGAUGCGCCGGUGGGCACACGGGUACUCCGGGUGCGGGCAAUUGACGGCGAUCGUGGCAUCAACAAUCCGAUCGCCUACAGCCUGGAGGCCAACGAUCUGUUCGACAUUGACCGCCACACGGGCAUCGUGCACACCCUCACCGCACUGGACCGGGAGGAGCAGAGCGAUCAGGUGAAUGGGGCGCACAUUCUGCGCAUCACUGCCACCGAGCUGUCCAGGGCCAACACUCAGGUGGCCCCCGUCUCGAUUCGCACGGAGGUGACGGUCAUUGUCAGCGAUGUGAACGACGAGAUACCCACCUUUGGGGAGGCGCUCUAUCGCUGUGAGGUGAAUGAGAACGCCCAGACCAACACGCCGCUGAACUUUAUCGAUGGGGAUGUGCAGAACUUUGUGUACGAUCACGACGAGGGCAACAACGGCACCUUUCGACUGUUCCUCGAUCCGCCCAACGAUCUGUUUGAGAUUGUGCCCGAGCUGGCGGUGAAUGAGGCCAACUUUAUGCUGCGCGUCAAGAACUCAAAGUCCCUGGACUUUGAGCAGUUCGUGGAGAUUAACUUUACCAUUUUUGCAAGGGAAAUCGAUGAGCCCAGUCGAUGGAGUUCCGCUCAUGUGCAGAUCUUCAUACGGGAUCAGAACGACAACUUUCCGGAGUUCGGGCAUGCGAUCUACAAUGCCAGCGUGCUGGAGAACAGCGAUCAGGGCACGAUCAUCACCAAAGUGGAGGCCGUGGAUGUGGAUUCGGGCGACUAUGGCACCAUGGGCAUACGCUACACGAAUCUCCGAGGAGGCAUAGCUCAUUUACUCCAACUGAAUCCCAUAACGGGAGUGAUCAGCAUCAAGCAGCAUGGCGGAACGGCCUUCGAUCGAGAGAUCAUCUCCCGGCACUACCUAACCGUGGAGGCCAUUGAUAAUGUGGGCCAGGGCAAUCGGAACACGGCGCAGAUCAUUGUGGACAUACAGGAUGUGAACGACAAUGCGCCCACCUUCCCCCAGCGACAGUACGAGACAAAGCUGCUGGAGAACAAGGGCGAAUUCGAGACGCCCCUGCAAUUGGAGGCACGCGACUUGGAUCUGAAUGGCACCGAGAACAGUCAGAUAACCUACGAGAUUGUGGAGGGUCUCUAUCGCUCGAACUUCACCAUUGAUCCGCAGAGCGGGCUGCUGCAGCCGCUGCACCAUUUCGACUUCGAGGAGAUGGUGGACACCGAUCGGAGGACUGGCAGCGGCAGCAUGCGGGAGAUCGAUCUGCUUGUGCGUGCACGCGACUCUGGCAUACCCAUGCUCUCGACGGUGGUGCCGGUACUCAUCUAUGUGCAGGACGUCAACGACAAUCCGCCCAUCUUCCAGAGGAGCUUCUAUGCGAAAACCGUGCCCGAGGAUCUGCCCGGCGGCAGCUCAGUGCUCCAGGUGACGGCCAUCGAUCGCGAUGGUUCGUCGCCCAACAAUGCCGUGGUCUAUCGCAUCCAGACGGGUGCCAGCGACAAGUUUAUCAUCAACUCGGAAUCGGGCGUGAUAUCGGUGGCCCAGGGCGCCAAUUUGGAUCCCGAUCUCACCGACAGCAAGCGCUCCAUCUACACUUUGUCUGUGCUCGCUCUGGAUGGGGGGCUGGGCAGCUCGCAGCUGAUGAGCACGGCCACGGUGAACAUCAGCAUACAGGAUGUGAACAACAAGCUGCCGCUGCUGACGGAUCUGCCUGCGCUGAAGAUCGUGGAAAACACGCAAGUGGGCAGCUUGGUCUAUCGGAUCAGGGCCACGGAUGCCGACCAGAAUGCCAUUCUCCGCUACAAGCUGAAUGCGGAACACUGCGAGGGCCGCAACGAGGAGGGGUCGCUGGUGAAGGCCAGCGAAUACGACUACUUGGGUGCCUUUGAGGUGGAUCCCAUCGAGGGCGACCUGAAGGUUGUCAAGCUGCUGGAUCGCGAGAGGGUCGAACACAUCAAGCUGGCCAUUACAGUGGAGGAUCUGGCAGCGGCCAAGGGCAAGCAGAUCGUUGAGGGUUUCCUCAGCAUUCAAGUGCUGGACGAGAACGACAACAAUCCCAAGUUCAAGCAGCCCUUCUACCGGCAAUCGAUCACGGAGAACAGCAUCAAUGGCGCCAUGAUUGUCAAUGUGCUGGCCUACGAUGUGGACAGGAAUCGCACCAUUACCUACGCCCUGGAGGGCAAUCCCACCUACCGCAGCCUCAUCCACCUGGACGCCCAGACGGGGGAGAUUGUGGUGGCCAAUAAGAUCGAUCACGAGCAGCAUCAGUGGCUGAACUUUAGCGUGCGGGCCACCGACUCUGGUCUGCCGGCCCGCUCCUCCCUAAUCGAUGUCUAUGUGACGGUGCUGGACGAGAACGACAACAAUCCGUAUUUCAUUGGCGGCAGCAAGAACUACACGAUCAGCGAGAAGGCAGCGCCGGGCACGAGGGUGGCCACCGUCCAGGCAGCGGAUGCCGAUGCGGGGGACUUUGGCAAGAUCACGUUCCUCAUGGAUCGCAUUAGUUCGCAGGGUAAGUUCACCAUAGACGCGGACACUGGCGUGCUCACGGUGGCCGAUCGUCUGGAUCGCGAGACAAAGGACUCGUACAAUCUGGUCAUCGAGGCAUGGGACAACUAUCAGUUCGGAUUUCUGGCAGGCGAGAGCCGCAAUGCCUUCAAGCAAGUGUUCAUUUCCAUUCUGGACGAGAAUGACAAUGCGCCGGAGGUCAGCCUGCCCACGAGCUGUGUGCUCAUCACGGAAUACCACGAGCUGCACGAGCGCAUUGCCAGCAUUGUGGGCAAGGACUCGGACGAUCCAGCCACACCCAACGGACGCUUGAACUUUGCCAUUACCCAGGGCAACAAGGAGGGUAUCUUUGAGCUGCGUCAGCUGGAUGCGUGGAAUGCGCACAUCUUUGCCGGUCAGAGUCUGCGCAACAGGUUCGGCAACUACAGCCUCACCAUAACCACCCGCGACUUGGGUGUGCCAGCGAACAUAGUGCACAGCACGCUGGACAUUUGCGUCUCAGACUUCAACGAUCAUGCGCCGGUGUUUGUCAGGCCGCUGCACAACACCACGGUGCGAGUGCCGGAGAAUGCCACGGUCGGCAGUCUGAUACUGCAGGCGUACGCCAGCGAUGCGGAUAUGGGACAGAAUGCCCUGGUGCGGUACCGCCUGAAGCCCGAUCCCUUGGGCAGCUACAAGAUGUUCGAGGUGAAUGCCGACACGGGCGAGCUGCACCUGCGGCAGCCCCUCAAUCGCGAGCGGCAGAAGAUACACGAGCUACGUAUUGAGGCGUACGAUCAGGGUCUGCCCACAUCCCUGAGCACCGAUCUCGAUCUGACCGUUUACGUGCGCAACGUCAACGACUACGAGCCGCAGUUCAUAGUCAACGAAAUAGCCGUAAACUUUACGGAGCACUCGGACCCGGGCGCAGAGCGCAUCAAGCUGCCGGACACCAUAGACAAGGAUCAGCUGGAGCUGGACGAUCCCGAGGAGACGCCCAGUCAGGUGUGCUACUUCAUAGUGCGCGGCAAUGAGGCGGGCUACUUUCGCCUGGAUUCCGAGUCCCAUGUCCUGACCGUCGAUCGCGAGCUCGAUCGCGAGUUGGUGGCCAACUUUACGCUGUAUGUCAAAGCCACGGAGAACUGCGCCAAUGACACUGGAGAGCGCUCCGGUGGCCAUCAGCGUCGCCGGAUGGGCAUUGAGAUUAACAACAAGAUCGCUGGACAUCUGCGGCAUCCGGAGCACAGCUACGAUCGCUUCAAGCACUCGCGACAGCUGCGCUCGACUGAAUACGAGGCGGAGCAGGCCACAGCCUCGGGUUCUGCUGAGGCAGAACUUGUGUCCUACGAGAGCUACGACAGCAGCGUGGAGGAUCAGCCAGCGGCAGCGGUGGAGCCGCCCCCCGAAGCAGACAGCACGAUCGUGCGGGUUCAGAUUAGAGUGCUGGACAUCAACGACAAUCCGCCGAGAUUCCGCAGCAAAAUCUUCACGGGCGGCAUCACAACCAAUGCGGACUUUGGCCUGAAGUUUAUGCGCGUGGAUGCGACGGAUGCCGAUGAAGGAGCCAACGCCCAGAUCGGCUACUAUCAGGUGGGCGAAAUCAGGCAGACACUGUCCGAGGGGCUGGAGAAUGUGCGCAAGGCGCCGUUUCUGCUGGACGUGGAGACGGGCGAGGUGCAGCUGAACUUCGAUCCGCAGAAGGGCAUGAAGGGCUACUUCGAUUUUGUGGUGCUGGCCAACGAUACGCUGGGCAUGCGAGAUGUGGCCCAUGUGUUCAUCUACCUGCUCCGUGAGGAUCAGAAGGUGCGGUUUGUCUUCCGACUGCAGCCGGAUGAGCUGCGCUCCCGCGUGGACAUUUUCCGAGACACCUUGGGCAACAUAACCGAGUCCAUUGUCAACAUUGAUGAGAUUAAAGUGCACGAGAACAAGGACGGUUCGGUGGACAAGACCAAAACGGACCUGUACAUGCAUCUAGUCGAGCGCGAGGAUAACUCCAUCUACGAGGUCUCCGACGUGCUAAAGCUGAUCGACUCGCACAUCGAGAGCCUGGACGAACUGUUCAAGGAGCUCAAUGUGCUGGACACGCAGCCGGCGGAGGCCCAGCUGCUCACAGCUGGCCCCACCAAGGGCCCCCUGUUCGUGUGGCUCGUCUUUACCAAUCUCUUCAUGGCCACUCUAUUGGUGGUCAUCCUGGCCCUGUGCGCCUCACAGCGCAACGGCUACCGGAGGCAGCUGCGCGCCGCCAAAGUCAACAUUUUCCGUGCUCACUCAUCGCUGUCGCUGCAGCACACAAACGAGCCGGCCACGCGGGUGCCGAAUACCAACAAGCACAGUGUCCAGGGCUCGAAUCCCAUCUGGCUGAAGGGCUACGAGAACGAGUGGUUCAAGAACGAGGAGACUGCGAGCGUUGGCGGUCAGGACUCGCUGGACGACAACUUCCUGGCGGUGGCCACACAGGAUAUGCACGAAACGCUCAAGGGCACCGCCAAGCUCUUCAACAACAGCAACGAUCUAAACCGCCACUUCAAUCUGUACAAUCAAAUCGACAAGCUAACUAAUAAUGCUCAGAUUCUGGCCCGCAAGCUGGAGACCACAGAGCUGUAGCCGCAGUCCAUCGUCCAUCCAACUAUUUAUUACACCUAGUCUAGGGUAGUGUAGGGUAAUCUUAGGCCUAGCAUAUAACUAGCUCUUAAGACCCAUGUAAAUAUAUACCGAAGUACUGACUCACUGCGUAAUUGAGAUCCGUUUUUAAAGAAAAUAUAAGAACAGCUUCUGGUCAGGAAUGAUAAAAUAUAAAAUAAACUGAUUCGGCCUAA